GAUGGAUUGGUAUACUGGGAUGUAGUUUCGAAACCAAACACGUAACGAAGUUGAGAUGGAUAACCCGGUCGUACGGGAUUUGGUAGCGGAGCUGCUCCGGGGAGAGGAUUCCGCCGCCGCUGGACACCGCCCAAAGUCCCGGGGGAUCCAGGUGGGACCCCCCAUGGGGGCAGCUCCCCAGCUAGUCUCCCGCGGGUCCAGACAGACGGAGAGGCCCCCCGACAGGCCCGGUAUGUGCCAGUGGACUAGGAGGUCUGCUGGCAUUGUGCGCGACCGGGCCACUGUCGGGGCCAGUGCCCGUAUCCGGCCGGCCCCAAAUUUUGUUCCCGAUGCGGCCUCGUGGGCACCACGUCCGCCGCCUGCCAGUGCGGCCUACCGGAGCGACCCCGCAGAAGCCGCCCCCGUCGACCGUCCUCUGGCGAAGUCCGGCGCCCCGUCUCUAGGGAUUCCCCCCUGCCGUCAUCCCGCGUGAGCCCAUCUAGGAGGACCAAUGCCGUGCGAGGACGAACCGGCAGCCGCCUUUGAGCAGCUGCCAAAGCCGAAGUUUGUGUAUUUAAUUUUUUUUCAUUUUCUGUAGGGUGUUUUAGUGGGGGUGGGUAAGGAAUAAAAAAAAAAGAAGUUACACUCCUUUUUUUACCGACGAAAGGGGGGAAUGUAACGAAGCGAAUUUUCGCGAGCCGGAAAUCGUGCCGCGUACCGCGAGAGCGGGGGGUAAAUUCGCGAUCGCCGCGCCGCCGCGGCGGAAGAAGAGGAUUCUUGCCUGUGACUCCAAGGAGUGCGGAAGUGCUGGGGCUGUUCUUUUUGGGCUUGUGAUUUUGAGAAGUGUGGCAGAAGUGCACAGCUCGACCCUCCGACCACCGUAAGCACUUUCUGGGUCGUCUGCCCGUCUUAGUACCGGUUUUCGAAUCGCCGACCCCGAACGAGAAACCGUGUCACCGUCACCGCGUUUUUUUUUUGUCACCGUCGAAAGUCGAAAGCGUCGUGCACGCGUCGUUACCGUCACCGCGCUCCCCUCCCGGGUCGCCGUACCGUCUUCGAGCGAUUUCCAGAUCUCAAGGUCGCCGCCUCCAGAGCCAGAAGGAGGCCGUCCUGAGGGAAGUCGCCGCCCAGGAGGAACGACCAUGCCGGACGUUUAAUUCUUUUUUUUUGUUGUAAAACCGUUUUAUAUUUAUUUAAGUUGCUUAGCCGUAAGUUUUAUUAUUUUAAACCGUAUAGCUGGUGGCAGGGAAUAAACCCUAUUUAUUGCAUAAAAUAUUCUCGCCGUUUUAUUUCUUAUUCUCGAGUUUUCGCAGCGGCUCAUCACCUGAAUUCCAUGUCUCCGGCUUUAGAGCACCCCGGCGCUCCCUCCCCCGGAGAGGGAGCUGGCGCCCGAGCGACGGCCGCUCCUCACCGAAGGCGCCACCCCCGGCGGCGUGAAGGUAGCCGCAUAAGCUUGGUCGACCAGACGUGUUUCUGACAUCAACGAUACUAGUCGACCCAAAGCUUGGCACUCAAGUACGCCGCCACCCCAUACGUUAUCGGGGAGAUUCCGGACCGUCACCGGACCGUCCGUCCCAUCAUCCGGAAUUUCGUCGCACAUUUUGUUCCGAAAUAUAUUCAACGACCCUCAAAAUACCCAGCAUGGUUUUCACCUAAAAUUAUCAAAUUGAUUAAAAAGAAAUAUUCCUCGUGGAAGAAAGCUAGAAAAUCAGGUCUCACAGAAGAUUGGGAAAAAUUGUUCGGUUGAGAAGAAUUGUAAAGCAUGAAUUAGAAACCUCACAUAAGAAUUUUGUGUCUUCUGCAGAAAUAAAUAUUAAUUCUGAUCCGAAGCAAUUUUGGAGAUACAUUAAACUGAAAAAGAGUAGCACAGAGAUACCGCUUAAUAUGACAUUUCGGAAUGAACCAGUAUCAGGAGGGGAGGCUAUAGUAAACUCAUUUGCAACGCUUUUCAAAUCCUCUUUUCAGUCUGAUUUUGGUGAUCAACUCGGUGACGUUAAUUCAGAUUCUGUAAAUAACAUUAAUUUUGGUAGUAUUCGUGAAGAGAAGGUCUACUCUAAAUUAAAAAACUUGAAACCGCAAUUUACAGCUGGUGCAGACUUAAUCCCUGCGUUUUUGGUUAAAGAUGCAGCUUCUGUAUUAUACACUCCCUUAACAUUUCUGUUUAAUUUAGCCAUUCAUAGUCAGACAUUUCCCGAGUGUUGGAAAACUUCGAAAAUAAUACCGUUAUUUAAGAAAGAAGAUAAGACUGCUGUAGAAAAUUACCGACCAAUAGCAAUCUUAAAUAAUUUUGCCAAAGUAUUUGAACAGAUAAUUUUCGAUAUUAUUUACUACCAAAUUAAAAACAUCAUAGUUGAUAAUCAGCAUGGAUUUAUUCAGGGACGCUCUACAGUCACUAAUUUAAUGACUAUUACACAUUAUAUUGCUGUUAAUCUGGACGAAGGAUUCCAAACGGAUGUUAUAUACACCGAGUUCUCCAAGGCUUUUGACUCUUUAAACCAUAGGAUUUUACUUCGUAAGCUUUCCGAGUUUGGUUUUUCGAAUAGUGUGUGUAAAUUUUUUCAAAAUUAUCUAGCCAGAAGGAAUUAUUUUGUAGAAAAUUGCGGCUACAGAUCGUUUAACUUUAUAGCUUCGUCAAGUGUACCACAAGGCUCGGUACUGGGGCCAUUGUUAUUUAACAUUUUUAUUAACGACAUAGUCAUUUCAAUUGUUCUGUUUUAUUAUAUGCGGAUGAUUUAAAACUAUAUACUCGCAUUACUAAUGUCAAUGAUUGUCACUUAUUGCAAUCGGAUCUUGAUUCCUUGGUUACUUGGUGUGAGAAUAACCAUCUUUACUUAAACUAUAGCAAGUGUUAUAUUUUAUCUUUUACUUUGGCUAAUGAUCUCUUAAACUACAAUUACAAGCUUAAUGAUCAUAUUUUAAGUCGUCUAUCACAACUGAAAGACCUGGGAGUUAACUUUGACACAAAGUUAUCCUUUACGGAGCAUGUUAGAUUAAUUACAUCAGAUGCAAUCAAAAUUCUAGGCUAUAUAAUCCGGAACAGCAGUAUGAUUCAUAAUGAAGCAACACUAAAGUUGCUAUAUUAUACAUACGUGAGAAGCAAACUCGAAUAUGCAUCCUUAAUUUGGUUCUCACAUUUUAAAACUUAUCAGGAGAUGAUGGAAAAUGUACAGCGUCGUUUUUUCAAAUAUUUAAAUUUUAAAAUUUUCAAAUAUUAUCCAUCCAGAGGGUUCUUUGCUCAGGCGAUUCUCUGCUAUACGACUUGAUGAACGUCUAUGUAUUAGCAGUGUUAUCUUUUUCGUUAAACUUAUAACGAAUGCAAUCAACGCUCCGCAACUGUUGCGAUUAUUUCAGUUCAAUUCCAUGGACAUGUUACAAUCCUGCCGAUGGGGUUUUGAGGAAGACCAGCUGCUCGAAGUCUUCAUCUCGGGCUUUUUGGAUACGGUCUGAGUGUAGUUCGAGAUGGCUCGUUUGACGGGGUCGCGCACUAUGACGAAUGAAUACAUCAAUUUGUGCAUUUAUUCCGCUUAAUUUGUCCUACAAUAAUCAUCACACUGGAUAAAAUAAUUCAGUUUGAGUUGUUCGUUGAUUUCUGAGAAUAAUUUCUAAUUUCAUUUUGACAUUUGGAAUUUGCAUGGUUAUUCCAAAGACGCCAUCGCCGAACUUCGACAGUGCGACGGAACAUUUCGCGACAAAUCGGAUCGGGCGCGAAUUUCAAAAUACGAUUUUUAAAACCUUUUUACAGUGAAUGAGCGCGAUGCAACGAUUUGAAAAAAAUACUGGCAGAUAGCCCUCUUCGACCUCCACAAAUGCAUCACUCAAUAAUAGCUUUAAAGUGAUCUGGGGAGAUAUCAUAAAAUAAAAACCAAUUCCCAUGUUAAUUCCCUAUAUCCAGACUUGGAUGCGGCACCCUGUAUUAAGUUAUAUUAAGUUAUUUUUGUCUAUUUUGUAUUCUGUUAUUGGGGUAAAACCUGUUGAAUACAAUAAAAUUAUUAUUAUUAUUAUUUAUGGAUCAAAACAAAGUCUAAAGGCAGUUUUUCUUGAAAAGAUCAAAUAUAGAAUAUAUACCUGGCAAAGUUUGAUUCAGAACUGCCCCUUAUGAUUCCUUAUUAUCAUAACUCAUGUAUUACUAAAGUGACCAGACGUCCCGUUUUGAACGGGACUGUCCCUUUAUUGGACCACCUGUCCCGUUGUCCCCAUAUAAUGAUCUGGAACGCAAAAUUGUCCUGUUUUCUAAAACCGCGCAUCACCAUCAAUAUUAAAGCAAAUUUGUUCCUCCGAGAAAUAUAAAUACGACUAAAAAUAUAAUAUUAUGUU